AUGGAAAAAUCACCAAAUGAAGAAGAAGAAAAAUUAGAAGUAUUUGAAGUUCCAACUCCGUCUUUGCCGGAAAAAUCGAACUUGAAGGGUGAUUGGCUGAACUUCUUUCUAUUGCUAUUAUUAUACACAAUACAAGGAUUACCUUUGGGUUUAGCCAUUGCUUUACCGAUAAUUUUUCAAAGUAAAAAAAUUGUGACCUAUAAAGAACAGGCUUUUUUCAGUUUAGUUGCGUGGCCAUAUAGUAUAAAAAUUUUAUGGGCACCAAUAGUAGACUCACUGUACGUACAAUGGAUAGGCAGACGAAAAUCUUGGCUCAUUUUCGUUCAAUUCUUGAUGGGGGUGGUUUUACUCUAUACGGCCAUUAACAUCGACGAGUGGUUGCCGGACUCUGAAAUACCUAAUCUCAAAGCUCUAGUGUUUACGUUUUGUGUCAUCAGCUUCUUGGCCGCAACACAAGAUAUAGUUGUCGAUGGAUGGGCACUGACAAUGCUAAAAAAGAACAAUGUGGGUCAUGCGUCCACCUGCAACGGGACGGGCUUAGCAUUGGGUGUGCUUAUAGGCACUAUUUGUCCUGUUUUACUAACAUCAGAAGACUUUUGUAAUAAAUACUUACGGAUAACGCCCAGCACAGGAGGCAUAAUCACUAUGAAAGGUUUUUUGUAUUUUUGGAGCUUUACAAUUAUGUUGAUAACAACAUUUAUUGGUAUAUUCAAAAGAGAAAUGGAUAACAGACUAGAAGAGGGGCACGUAAAAAUUAACGUUUUUAAAAGUUAUAAACUUCUUUGGAAAAUUUUAAAGCUGCCCAAUAUUCGAGUAUUGGCAAUUGCAUUGUUAACAAUGAAGAUUGGAUUUUCAGCAACAGAUGCUGUGUCAAAAUUAAAACUAAUUGAUGCCGGUGUAUCUAAAGAUGAUAUAAUGAUAAUAACUAUAUCAUUGUAUAUAGUAAAAUUUAUUGUACCUAUCGUUGUAUCAAAAUAUACUUCAGGUACAAAACCGAUGAGUGCAUACCUGAAUUUAAUGCCAAUCAGGUUACUUUGGAGCAUUGCUUAUGUUGUAUUAAUUUACUACACGCCAAUUUUGAUUAAAAAUAAUGGAGUUGUAAAUGUACCUACAUAUUAUUAUUUGAUUUUAGUAUUUAUAAGCAUAAUACAUGAGAUUUUAGCAUACACUAUGUACAUUUUCACAUUAGGAUUUUUCUCUCGGAUAAGUGACUCACGUUUUGGCGGUACAUACAUGACAAUGUUAUCGACGAUUGCCAGUUUUGGAUGGGUAGUAUCAAAUACUUUGGCACUGCGAAUGAUUGACGUGCUCACUUUCAGUAAAUGUUCGAAUGAUGAUGAAAAUACUUGUUCUACUAUAGACUUAAAAAACGUGUGUGAUAAAAAUGGUGGCAAUUGCCUUACAACUGUGGAUGGGUACUAUGUAGAAAUCAUCAUAUGUGUAGUCAUCGGCUUCAUUUGGUACGGGUUGUUUAGAAAUAUGUUAAAAAAUUUUCAAACUAAAAGUUCUUCAUAUUGGAUGGUGUAUGUUAAUCGACCAAGUGAAGAAAAAGUCGAAGAUUCUGUUGAUCCUUGUUCCAAGUAA